ACUUAAAAUGAAAGAAACAAAUAUAUCAACUACCUGUCGGGAGCUUGGCAAACCAGUUCCCUAUUUACAAGCAUGACCGAGGAGUUGAACUAAAAAAUAAAACUCCGGGUAAGUGGUUAGAGUGGGACUUGAACCUGCGACCUCCGGAUUUCACGUCCGGCGCUCUAUCCACUCGCCUACGCUGCCUAAUUCCUUCAUCGUUACCAAGCAACCGACUAAUCCGUCGCCAGGAGCAUGGGCACGAGUGCUCCAGUUAAUAGACGGCUGUGUACAUGUUCUUGACAGCUUUCUAAAACAGUUCAGUUUGAUCUUGCGAAGCUUAAAUUUUCGUUGAUCGAUAAUCCAUUCUACGGCUAUCGUUAAUACUGUAUUUGGAUUUCGACCGCCGUUGAUAAAAGGUGCCAGUGCCACAAUUUUCCUCGCGGUAUUUUUCAAUGAUUCAAAGCAACGCCUUUCUACCUAAGACAGAGUUAAUAGUCUCCCCUAAUUUGCAACGAUUGACUAUGGAGCUUUAAAAACAACAGAGUUCAAAAGUGUCUUUGAUUUAGUCAAGUGCAAGAUUCUAUCGUAAGUAAAACCAUCUUAAUAAUUGAAAAGGGCCUUAAUUUUAGCGAGUUAAAAUCAGUGGCUCCUGGUUUAAUAAUUAUUUAUUUAUAUUUUUUGGACAGAAGGACUUACCUCUCUCUAACUCUAUAUGUAACUAUUUACAGAGACAUUUCGUCUAGCAGUUAUCAAUUGUAGCACAAACGUUUCAACAACAGCGUACCCAGGUACCGAGAGGUGCCGUACUACAUAUCAGCUUCGUUGCAACUAACCAAACUGCUAAAUUUGUAGUAUUUUUUUUUAAGCAAGUACAUGCAAUUUUUGGUCCUUCUUUUUGUGUUUUCAUGCACGAUUUUUACUUCGUUAGUUGCCGUCAAAGAAGGGACUUUUCAAGCCAAUUUUCUCAGUGCUAUGAGGCGGCGGAGAAAGCUCAAGGUACAGUUGGCCUUUGGGACAGCCGCGGCAUUCCUGUUUGUGUUUUACACUUGGACAUACCAUGAUCUAAUAAAGGACGUUACAAGAGAAGAUACGCCGUUUGCAAGAGAAAUUUCAGAUGAGUCUCUUACAAUAAGGCGCCUUCUCGCUCACAAGACCCACAAACUAAAAAACUGCACGCCUCCAUCGAUAGAGGAAUUCCCGAAUGACUUUUUUACUCAGACGGAAAGACAACACGGCGCUGUCGUUGUUAACUUUGCUGUAGCGUUCUACAUGUUCUGGGCCAUAGCCAUCGUUUGCGAUGAUUACUUUGUUCCGUGCCUAGAGAUCAUCUGUGACAAGAUGGGGCUUCAAAGCGACGUGGCUGGAGCUACCUUCAUGGCCUUAGGCAGUUCAGCUCCAGAGCUGUUCGCCUCUGUAAUUGGUGUCUUCGUCACAAAGGGGGACAUUGGAGUUGGCACAAUCUUAGGGUCAGCGGUUUUCAACGUGCUUUUCGUUAUUGGUGUGUGUGGUAUUGGUGCAGGCACGGUUUUGUACUUGGCCUGGUGGCCUCUAGUAAGAGAUAGCUUAUUCUACCUCUUCAGUCUGGUAAUUCUCAUGUUGGUGCUCAUGGAUAACAUUGUCAUCUGGUCAGAAGCAACGGCUAUGGUUUGCUUCUAUUCCGUGUACCUUCUUAUUAUGUACUUCAAUCCUCGCAUCGAAGCCUGGCUCUACAAAGUAACAAACACAACCAGCCCGGAGUACAAAUCUGAGCUACACGCCACAAACGGCAAGAAAAACGGGUAUUCACAACUUGCUGCCGAUGAUACAACAGAUUCUGAAUCUAAGGGACGAGACGAAAAUGGCGAAGAGAAAAAAGACGCCGACAAAGAAACGACUGAUAAGGAAAAUGGAGAUCAAGAACAAAGCAAACAGGAGGAAGCAACGAGCAAGGAUCACAAAGGAUUUAGAGAGAGCGGUGAACAUCUUGCUCAUCAUCAUGAGUACGAUCAGCAAAGACCUCACGAAGUCCCAGAUCUCACUUUAGGAACUCCGUGGAGUCCUCCUGAGGGGACCUGGGCCCGCAUCUGUUGGGCCCUCGGACUGCCAAUCAACAUUUUGUUCUAUUUCACAAUCCCGGAUGUGAAGAAGGAAUCCUGUCGCAAGUUCGUGGGAUUCUCGUUCGUGGUGUGCAUAGUGUGGAUCGGAGUCACUUCGUACAUUCUUGUGUGGAUGGUAACCAUUAUUGGGUACACGUUUAUGAUUCCAGAUACAGUAAUGGGCCUUUCACUUGUCGCCUUUGGCAGUAGCGUGCCCGAUUGUUUAUCAAGUCUCUUCGUAGCGCAAAAAGGUGACGGCGACAUGGCAGUGUCGCACACUGUGGGUAGUAACGUCUUUGAUAUCCUGCUGUGCCUGGGAAUCCCUUGGCUUGUCAAAACCACUGUGUGGGACUAUGAUUCGACUGUGGUUAUCAACAGCCAUGGACUGUUCAUCUCUUGUUUCUUCAUUCUCGGCUCCAUAGCUGUCACUUUGAUUAUCAUCUACUACUACAAAUGGGUUUUAAACAAAAAAGUGGGCUGCAUCUAUCUUUUUUUUUACUUUAUAUUCAUGGGCAUAUCGAUCUACGUGGAAAUGAACGCGUUUGGAAAGUAUAACCCACCCAUGUGCAUCGUGGACACUUGAUUCAGCAACAACAAACAAAUUGUCGUCUUUGUACACCAUGUGGUUCUUAGGGGACUAGUUGGGAGAAUUUAGAACAUGAUCGGAAGCGCAACACAAGUUGUUUUCCUUUCGUUUGGACUCACCAACGUGAAGGAUGGUAUAUUGUAGUGGGCCAGUCUUCGGACUUGAGGGUUUUAAAAAAAGACUUUCCCACGGAGUUCAACGAUGUCUGCUGUUUGAAGGCAUCAUUAUAACUAACGGAAUUUGAACGACUCUUUCAGUAUAUAUAAGCUGGGUAUUACCCACGGCUUACAUCUUUAUGGAAUCGUUUUUUUGUAAGAACUUAGAGACUACUCGUAGGUUCCCAUAAGCGAUUGUCGUCACGGUGUACAAUUUAGUAGAAACUUUCUUUGUCCUAUGAGAAGUUUUUGUGAGAUAACUGAAAUCCGUGCAAGCGUGGAGUAUCGGCGAAUAGUCACAUUUUCCAUAACCAAUGAUAUUUAAGACUCACAAUAGACCCUGGCGAGUCUUUACUACAAUAGAACUCUUUCAGAUAGUGUUAGCCAAAUCUAGGAUUUUAAAAAGUUUAGUCAAAUUUGAAUGGAUAGCCCUGAAGUCAUUUCCAGUAUAAUAUUGGGAAUUCGUUAAAACGCAUAUUGCUUAGCUGAUGGUAAAUGCUUAAAUAAAGCGUACCUUAUUGUUUCUUACUUUCGCGGGAACUUAAUUUCGCGAAAUUGCACGGGCAUGUCUCGCGGGACUUAAAUUUUGCGAUUUGCCCAAAAAGUACGUUAAAAGGAAAUACAUUUCGGGAAAAUUGUCAAAAUACUGAUCUUCAGUAACAGCCAAUUAGUAUCAGAACUGGCACAAUAAAAUUUUUCUUAGCAAUAGUUUCCAGUCACACAAAACCAUACCAGAAAACGCCCCAAACUGCUAAUCAAGGGGUUGAAAAGGCUUGCCAUUCAUGUUGAUUAAAUAAAUAUAUAGAAGGGUAUUAAAUUUCGCGUGGUUAAUUUUCGCGAAAACGUUCUUUCGCGGGUCUUUAAUUAAUUAUGUCUCGCGAAAAUAAGUAACAAUAAGGUAGCUAACCAGGAAGGUAUAUAUAAAAUGUAUUUGCCAAGGGUUUUAGUGCAUGCUUCGUGAUGUGGGUACAUUGGCACAUGGCUUAAAGAGGAAAUGUUGCAAUUACUGUGACUCACAUUCUCCUCGCUAACCUAAGUCUAGUUACCUUAUUAAAAAGCGCAAUACAAUGGUUUCAUAGAACAACGAGAAAAGAAUUACGGUUUUUUUUUUCUAUCGGUGAUUUAUAGCUCUAGUUUUGUAUGGAUUUGAUUAGAAGGUGGACAGUAGUGGUUUUUUUUUUUUUCAUUAUUCAAUUGUCAAGUCCGCCAUAUUGAAUCUCAAAGUUAAAUCCCGUCGCCCUAACCCAGGGCAACUGGGUAUUUUUUUUUCCGGUCUCCCCAGACUUUUUAGGAGACAGACGGAGUACUGGGACUGGUAACAACUAAGGAAUUAAAUAAACUGGUGUUUACCUCGCGACAUGUAGUAGAAGUUAUUACACAGUUCAGUUUGAAAGACCACAUGCAAACACGGA